AUGUGGCAGUAUAAAGAACGCAGCGUGUGGUUUCAACGCAAAGCGAUUCUUAUCAUUGCAAUUUUCUUGGCCAUCUUUAUUAUUUUGAUCAUUGGCAUCACGGUUUUCUUGCACGAUUUCCACGGGAAGGAUACAUCCAAGGCAUCCACGAUAUCCUCUCAAUCGACAACGUCGCAGGACGACACAGGUUGGGCGUCUGCGCGCCGUUCGCGACACCUCUUCCGCCGUCGUCCCAGAGCCAGUAUGACAUCGGCGCAGAGGACGCUGCCAGCGGAGAGCGAUUGGGAGGAUCUGAGCGAUGAAAAUGAACCUACUCAUACCGAUGCCAUCCAGCCUGUGUCCUCUGCUUCAUCCUCGGCCACGACCAGAGAGUCUGACGUGGUAUCCCCUGCGGGUGUAUCGCCGAUCACUACGGAACAACCUGUAAUUACCUUGUCGGCAAGGUCAUCCGUCUCUUCCCAGGUGGUAUCAGAACCCAGCGACGUACGCCUGUGCCCAACCACAUCAUACAUGCCGCCCAGUGAGAAUGCCGUGGCUGGGCAUGCGGGCGAACAGACCAUGCCUCCCAGCUACUUCACUACAUCGCCACAAUCCUCGCGAGUCUCUUUGGAUGAGAAAGUAGGGUUGGACCGUGCAGAUGCGCUGCAACUGGGUCCUUCUGCGCCACCAGGUACACUGAUUUUGGAGCCCAGCGCCCCGCUGAUGCUUCCUACCGACGAUUCUGCCACGUUGACGGCGCACGUCGCCACCGAUGAGAAGGCCGCUUUGAAAGCACUAUUCGAGGCAGGUAGCUCGCCUGCGCUACCACUAGCGCCGCAGCCCCUGCCGUCCGCGCCGGUAUUGACAGCGGCCGAAGAUGUGUCUUCUGUCGUGCCGGUACGCAAAGGAAAAGUUCGAGUCCGCAGCAGAUCGUACAAUUUGCCUGACCCUCCGCAGACUUUCAUGUCGUCCGUACAGCUGGCUGCUGCUCCUUCCCUUAUACCCACAGCAUCGUCGUACAACUCUACGCAGAGAUCCGAUGUGCAGCAAGACGAAGCUUGGAUUUCUAUGCCAGGGAUGCAGAUGCCAGAUCUCUGGCGUACGGGUCCCUUUGAACAUGCACCGCUCCCUUUGUACGAAGCCUCUUAUGACAUGGAUCUAGAGAGGGGGCUGCAGUUCCCCAGUGAGGUGCCUCUCUCGGCAUCCCAUACGGCCGUGACGCCCUCUGCGCCUGUGCUAGAUGACUAG